GGCAGGUGAAUCGUUUUCCGGUUACGGCACAGUUUGUCGUCUGCUUUUCUCAAACUCAGAGAUCCUGUCUGAACUUGCAGAUUUGCCCAGCAGGAAUCUAAUACUAGUUUACGUGAAAUUUAUUUAUAAAUUUAGUAAAUUCAAAGAAAUGUUUAAAAAGUUUGAUGAGAAAGAAAACAUAUCUGGGUUUCAGCAGCUUAAAACGUCAGUUCAGAAAGGAAUUCGAUCUAAAAUUUUAGAACAAUACCCGUAUAUUGAGAAUUGUAUCAAUGACGUACUUCCGAAAAAAGAGCCAUUCCGAUUGAUGAAAUGUCAUGAACAUAUUGAGGUUUUAGUGGGUGCCAAUGGUGACUUUCUGUUCUUUAGACAUAGGGAAGGAUUCUGGGUACCUACUCUUCGUCUUCUGCACAAGUAUCCCUACAUCUUACCCUGGCAGCAAGUAGACAAGGGAGCUAUUAGAUUUGUGCUUAGUGGAGCAAAUAUUAUGUGUCCUGGUCUAACCUCACCUGGAGCACGGAUGACCCCUUGUCCUAAAGGAGCCAUUGUGGCAAUUAUGGCUGAAGGAAAACAACAUGCCUUAGCUGUAGGCAUCACGUCAAUGUCAACUGCAGAUAUACAAUCUGUUAACAAAGGGAUUGGAGUGGAAAAUUAUCAUUAUUUAAAUGAUGGUCUGUGGAUUUUAAAACCAAUGAAAUAAACUUUGCUUUUGCUAUUCAAUGCCAAAA